AUGAUCAGAGCAGCACUGUUACUUCUUCUCUUGCGAUCUUACCUGAGAUGCUUCCAGCUAAACAAAGCUGCCAGAACUUAUGAGCAUCUUUGGAACGUUUUUUUUCCCAGCGUAAGGGGAGCAAGGACCGCCUACGUUAGGGGCCUUGAGCCGCUAAAAUGGGUCCCCCCAAGGAGCAGGUCGCCAAAUAAAGCACACACCAAGCGAUGCAGAGGAUGCCGAGCAGGUUGGGAAGAGCACGCCUCUGAUGGAGAUGUACACAGCGCACGUGGAGACCUGCACACCGUCCUAAAUAACACCCUGCAAAAUGUAGCGAAACAAAUCUUGCAAGACGAAAAUGUGAAUCUACCAAAGCACUGCCUCCUUGAAGACAACAAAAUAUUUGAAGACUAUGAAUACCAGUCCAGUGUGAUUUUGUUUUUGGAGCAUUCGUUGGGUCAAGCAAAAGAUGUGCGCACUGAGGUUCUGCGAAUUAUUAGAGGAACAGAUGCAGAGCUAAUUGACUCCUUGCACAUAUCCCCCAAUGGGAUACUCAACAUCCGGGUUAGCGAUGCGUGCGUCAUGCGGGGGUUUCUGCAUUUUUACAGAAAUGAGGGUGCCCACAUGGGGACAACUCCAGUGCGGAGUUACACAAGUGGUAGUAACAGCCCCCCCCAAAUGGAGAAUCACCAAAUGGAGAACCACCGAGGCAGAGAAAAACCGACCGUCCUGCUAGACUUCUGCGGAGUAAAUAUGGCGAAAAAUAUGCACAUGGGUCAUCUCAAAUCGCUCCUCCUUGGAAAUGCACUGAGCAAUAUUUUCCGUUCCUUGAAUUAUUCUGUGAAAUGCAGAAGCCAUAUAGGAGACUGGAACAUGAAUCUAGCAAUAGUGUUAAGUUUUUUUAUUAUGUUUCCCCAGGAAGUAGUAUCAAGGUGGCAGCUAAAUGAGAGAAAUGUGUGUAGCAUUGGUGAUGGUGUAUAUGACAAGGCUGAAUUUUACAAAGGGUCUACUACGCCCUGUGUAACCAUCGGUCAGAUGAAUAAACACAGUGCUGUGGAGCACCCCGUGAGGACAGAUUGUACACAACGUGCAAUAAACGAACAAUCACAAAAUGUGCUGGAGGAAGAAUUGUACAUGAACUUGCUGAGCAACUUGAAGGAAGAAAACUUUAAUAAAGGUUAUCAACAGUUGGACCCAUGCAAGUGGGAAGAUAUAAAUUUACAUAACAUCGAGUUUGCAUACAAAAUGGGGAAGAAGCUUUUUACCUCUUCGGAUGUUUUUAAAAGGAUCAGUAAAAGUAGCUUACGCAUGAUGUAUCAGAGGGAUAAGAAGAUGAUUGUCUUGUGGGAUAACAUUUGCAGGAGUAGUAAGCGGGCGAAUCAAGAAAUUUUGGACAAACUGAAAAUCACAAAGUUGGUAGACAAGGGGGAGAGUUUCUACCUCCAGUUCGUGCCGAUCAUAUUGCAGAAACUCGAAGACGCCAAUGUGGUUUUUCAUCUGCGGGGAAAGUCGUGCCUUCUGCUGAGAAGCAAGGGCGGCGGGGUCACGAGCAGCAAUACUGUUGGCGGCGGCACCACUCCUAGCCGGAGGAAAGACACCCACAUACUGAGCAGCAACGAGGACCACUACGAAGUUAUGCAGGUGACGCACGAACUGCACGAGCAGGCCAAAAGUAACGACGUAGACCAAUUAAAGGAGAACUUCACGUUACUGACCCUCCAAAACGAUGUGGCCUUCACGUACGCGGCCAUUGACUUAGCCGCAAUAUACUAUCGAGUGGUACAUGAAAAGGCACAUAAAAUAAUUUACGUGGUUGACGAAAAUCAAAGGAAACAUUUUAUGCAAAUUUUCUCCAUCGCCAAAUUUGCACAUAUUAUCCCUGACCACGUGGAAUGUAUAUGUCUGAAUUACGGUUUUGUCCUUAACUCAGAAAACAGAAAAAUUAAAACAAAAGAUUUGUGUGAAAAAAACAUUUACGUUAAAGACAUGCUGGAAAAUAUCAAGUCGGCUAAUCCGAAUGUGCAUGAAAAAAAUGAACAAACAAAUGUUAACAAAAUGUGUAUGGACAAGGCGCACAGAGAAAGGUUCCUUUUGUCCUCCCUCAUUUAUUCCUACUUGUCUGUAAAAAAUUACAAAAGACAAAUAAUAAACAACAUUAUCAACAAUGAUCACGUAGAGUAUCUUUUCAUAAUUAAUUGCUACAAUGAAGUGUCUUCCAUUUUGGGGCAAAUAACAAAUGGCGAUUAUUCCUCCCUUGUGGAAGGAAAAAAAAACAUACUGAUUGAAAAUAAUUUAAAAAAACUAAUGCUACAUAUUAUGCAUUUUAACAAUAUCACGGAGGAAGUGACUCGCUGCUACAACGUUGACAAAUUAUGCUCCUUCCUCUUCACGCUGUCUCAGAAAAUGCAGCCUCUACUCCAGAGUAGUUUUCUGAAGAAAUUUAUCCCCCAUUUGGAAUGUAUGAACGUUCAUAAUUUUUUGAGCACUUUAAAUGGUUUGAGGAAGGGAAAAGAGCAGGUAGAGGAACAAAUCGCUGGAGAAAAAGCAGCAGAAGAAGCAACAGCAGAAGAAACAGCAGAAACGCAGAACGGAACGGCAAAUAUCGAUAAAUUCGCAGGCGACAAAGAUGAAGUCACACACAUCAUCAAUAAAAUGACCCAGACGGAAUUGUUUCUUCUCAUCAAAAACAGCGGCCUGCUCGAUCUACGCGAAGAUAAAAAUUUACCUGAACAGUCAGACAAAAUUGAAGCGUUCAUUUUUAACCGAAUUUUGGAAGUACUCAUUAUGCAAGCAUACCUAUCCCUCGUGGGAAGAACAUUUAGCAUGCUAAAUUUGCAACUGGUGUAA